AUGAUUAAUGACCAAAGACUUCAAAACAUACGUGAAAAUAUAGCAAGCAACCUGAAUUCCCGACGAGACAAUAUGGAAAAUAAUUCAUCACAUUCAUCACCCGAAACAGAAAAUUCACAAGAAGUCGACGUUCAUCCAUUCAUUAUAGAAAGUAACACUCCCGUGCAUACACUUAACUUAACCUUACAACCUCAACCUGACGAAUCAGUGAUAUCCACUCAAGCCUCUGAACCUCAAAAAAACCAAGCAAUAGAAAAUAAUGACGCGAAAAGAAUCCAGGAACUGUUUAGAAUAGCAAUAGACAAAUUUCAGAAUACCAACCCAACUAAACGACCUUAUAUACCAAAACAAAAAACUUCUUAA